CCGCUUUCUCCACGAGCUGCAAGAAGCUGUCCGCCCACGACCCGCACGCCGAGGAAAGCUUCGAGGAGUUCUCUGCCAGAUACGAGAAAGAGUUCGACCAGGUUCAGGAUGUCUUCGAGCUGCAGCGUAACCUCAACAACGCCUUCGCCUACGAUCUUGUCCCCUCCACCUCCGUCAUCACCGCUGCGCUGAAGGCCGCCCGAAGGGUCAAUGACUACCCCACCGCCGUCCGGAUAUUCGAAGGCAUCAAGGCCAAGGUCGAGAACCAGAGCCAAUACGACGAGUACGUCAAGGAGUUGCAGUCAAUCCGGGAAGAGCUGGGCGUGAACCUCAAGGAGAACCUCUUCCCCGAGAACACGAACGCUUAGGGGGACAUCAGUGGGCAUUGAAACGCCAGAGAUAUACACCUGUUGCAGGUAAUGGCUGUGCAUUGGGGGGAUGCAAGCAUCUGAGGUGGUCAACCUGUAUACCUUUUUGAGAAGGAGCGCAUCAGAAGAAGAAGUCGAAUCAACAGGAUGCAGCUGUAUACUUGCCUUUUCUCUUUUCCGCUGUGCAGAUGAGGAGACAGAGAGGCAUGAAGACGGGUGUGUGGAGGGAGAGCGGCGACCUUGACAUCUUCCGCGAGAGAAUUGGCAUGUACCUUUUGCAUAUUAAAAGACUAACACUGUAUUAUGCUGUCCAUAUAUACAGCUCCUCAAACUCUACUGCCCG